CAAGUUCAUUUCAGUUUUUUGGUGUGUGUGUGUGUGUGUGUGUGUGUGUGUGUGUGUGUGUGUGUGUGUGUGUGUGUGUGUGUGUGUGUGUGUGUGUGUGUGUGUGUGUGUGUGUGUGUGUGUGUGUGCAGUCAGACCAUCCUGUUGAGGAUCAUUGAUGAUGAGGAGUAUGAGAAACACGAGAACUUCUUCAUUGUCCUGGAGGAGCCACGCUGGCUCAAGAGAGGAAUCUCAGCUCUGCUGCUCAACCAAGAUGACGACGGCCAGAUGAGUGCGGAGGAGGAGGAGGCCCGCAGGAUAGCUGAGAUGGGGAAGCCCAUCCUGGGGGAGCACAGCCGCCUGGAGGUGGUCAUCGAGGAGUCCUACGAGUUCAAGAGCACUGUGGACAAGCUCAUUAAGAAGACCAACCUGGCGCUCGUGAUCGGCACACACUCCUGGAGAGAGCAGUUCGUGGAGGCGGUUACCGUGAGCGCCGGCGACGAGGACGAUGACGAGGAGCACCUGCCCUCCUGCCUGGACUACGUCAUGCACUUCAUUACCGUGUUCUGGAAGGUGCUGUUCGCCUGCGUGCCGCCCACCGAGUACUGGAACGGCUGGGCGUGCUUCUGCGUGUCCAUCUCCGUCAUCGGCCUGCUGACCGCCGUCAUCGGGGACCUGGCGUCCCACUUCGGCUGCACCGUGGGCCUCCGCGACUCGGUCACCGCCGUGGUGUUCGUGGCCCUGGGAACCUCCAUCCCGGACACCUUCGCCAGCAAGGUGGCCGCCACGCAGGACCAGCACGCCGACGCGUCCGUGGGCAACGUGACGGGCAGCAACGCGGUCAACGUGUUCCUGGGCAUCGGCGUGGCGUGGUCGGUGGCCGCCAUCUACUGGGCCUCCAAGGGCAUGGAGUUCCGCGUGGACCCGGGCUCGCUGGCCUUCUCCGUCACGCUCUUCACCAUCUUCGCCUUCUUCACCAUGGGCGUGCUGCUGUUCCGGCGCCGGCCCUCCAUCGGCGGGGAGCUGGGCGGGCCCCGCAGCUCGCGCAUCGCCACCAGCCUGCUGUUCCUCGGCCUCUGGUUCCUCUACAUCUUCUUCUCCAGCCUGGAGGCCUACUGCCACAUCAAGGGCUUCUGAGGGGAGGGAGUGAGGGGUGGAGAGGAGUGGAGAGAGAGAGGGGGAGAGAGGGA